CACCUGGGACAGCAACCCUGUGGAUCAUGACCCCAUCAGGAUUGUCUUCUCUGAUGGAAAAGUAGGGCUGAGAAUGGAGGUAUCUGGUCCGUUCUUCAAUGACCCAGCAGCUCCUCCAGGGGAACCAGGACUGUCCUUCCCUGAACUCUGGAAUUAUGAAGUUGUGGAGUCUUUCUUCCUUGAUAGCACAACUGAAAAUUACCUUGAGGUGGAGCUUUGCCCGCAUGGACAGCACCUUAUACUGCUACUUUCAGGAGUUGGCAAUGCAUUUCUGCAACAACUUCCAAUUAUGUUUACAACCACGAACACAGGGGAUACGUGGAAGGGUGAGGCUCUAAUCCCAUGGACAUACUUCCCUCCCAACGUCAACAAGAUGAACUCGUAUGCUAUUCAUGGCUCAGGAGAGAAGCGCACGUAUGAGGCUCUCUACUCCAUCCCCAAAGAGGACAUCGUGGAAGGCCAACAGCCUAACUUCCACCGCCUCGAGUAUUUCCAAAAUUUCCGCCUUCAGAGCAUUAUGGGAGAGGACUGGGUCCAGCCAGAAUCUGAUCUGUGGAAGGGAAGGGCCUGAGCUUCACCUAAUUUCUACUUUGCUUUUAAAAUGAUUAUUUUUUUGCACACAGACACACCCCAGCAGCAACAGGGCAAUAGUGCAAAUAGUCUUUGACAGCAAACAAAGGGCAAUCAAUCUUUAUUACUUAAUGAUGCAAAACGAUAUGACAAGAAAUGCAUUAUCAGCUUGUCAUCCCGCGUUAGACUUCACACACAUCUGUGCGGGCGCGCCGACACACACACAUUUGUGCAGGCGUGCGCAGACACACACAUCACAUAAUAUUGGACAUCAGCUUAAAUUGCCUGAGCCAAGUGUGACCUACAGCGCUUAUGAUGUGCUUGGUGACGAGGGAUGCUCAUUUUGACAUUCAGCUCCUGCGUAGCCUGAAUUUUUCACUUUGUUGAGAUAACACGCUACAGAUCCCAGUGAUUCUUUGCCCUGAGUUUUAGAGAACACGCACAAUGAUUCUCAAAUAACUAAUGUGUGAAAUGUGUUUCUGAAAAAUUAAAAGAAUAAAAUUUGUUUUUGAUUUUGA